AUGCGCGAUAUAAAACGGUUUUCCUAUCCAUGGGCUGUCAAAUUGACUCCAAUGAUAAUGACAUCAAAGAAAUUAUCAUUAAUGGCUAGAAUUACUUGUUUUUGGAUAAGUAAAACAAUUCGUUCCAAUGACGUGUUGACACCGGGAAAAGUACGCGAGGAUUUCAAACGACUGGAGAAAGUGCCUAAACACCUAGCUGUGUUGUAUUGGAGGAAGCAUGAAGAAACUAAGAUUAGUAAUAAUGAAAAGAUGAUAAAAUUUAAUGAGAUUUCGCAACUGUGUUGUUGGGCUUUGUGUGCUGGAAUUAGAGUCUUGAGCUUAUACGAGGCGAAAGAUCACCUUAAAUCAAAUGCUGAUCUGUUACAAUCACACAUUGAGAUCGCGACGCGACAAUUUUUUGCUAAUGAUAAAAUUAUACCGACUACACGUGUUUCUGCGCUCGAUAGUAAUUUACAAGUGAAUUUGGUUUCGCGUGAAGAUGGUCGUGACCGUAUAGUCAAGAUGACAAAGUCAUUAGUAUAUGAUACACUAAAAGGAAAAAUAAAAAGUGAUAAAAUUGACGUUGAAGAAGUGGAUAGUAGAUUAAGUGUACCUCAAUUCCCGGAACCUCAAUUGCUGAUUACAUUUGCACCUGAAAUUGUUCUUGAUGGGUUUCCUCCUUGGCAUAUACGAUUAACCGAAAUAUUGUGA